AUGAGCAAGCUGUCGUUCAGGGCUCGCGCCCUGGACGUCUCUAAGCCAAUGCCGAUCUAUAUGGCUGAAGAAUUGCCAGAUUUGCCAGAUUAUUCGGCCAUUAAUCGCGCAGUGCCCCAAAUGCCCAGCGGCAUGGAAAAGGAGGAGGAAUGCGAACAUCAUCUUCAAAGGGCAAUAUGCACGGGUUUAAUCAUUCCUACCCCUGAAGUAACAGACUUGGCAGAUGUUGAAGCUUAUGACAAAAUAUAUCCUGCUGAUUACAAGUUGCCUCGUCAACUUAUACAUAUGCAGCCCUUUGCAAUGGAGCAAGACAUACCAGACUAUGAUAUGGAUUCAGAAGAUGAAAAAUGGGUUGCUGUUCAAAGUCGCAAAAUGGAUCUAACUCCACUUCAGUUUGAAGAGAUGAUGGAUCGUUUAGAAAAGAGUUCAGGCCAAACUGUAGUUACCCUUAAUGAAGCUAAAGCACUUUUAAAAGAAGAUGAUGAUCUUAUUAUUGCAGUUUUUGAUUAUUGGUUAAACAAACGACUUAAGACACAACAUCCUUUAUUAUUAACUGUAAAAACGGAACAUCGGCUUGGUUCGGCUGCUAACAAUCCUUAUUUAGCAUUUAGACGCAGAACAGAAAAAAUGCAAACACGUAAGAUUCGUAAGAACGAUGAAACAAGUUAUGAAAAAAUGCUCAAGUUACGUAGAGAUCUUAGCAGGGCAGUUACUCUCCUCGAAAUGGUUAAACGUCGGGAAAAAACGAAACGAGAACAUUUGCAUCUUACAAUAGAAGUUUAUGAAAAGAGGUAUCAAGCGCAAGAUUUCAAUGGUCAGAUUCUAGCAGAAGUGUCUGCAUUAAAAACUCCAAGACCAGCAUUCACUCCACUUUUCACCAAUCAAUUUGGAGUUCAUCAAAAUUGGGCAAAUAAAGUUUGUAAUAAAGAUGAAGUUGUAGCUAGAAAAGAAAAGAGGCAAUACAAGAAACGAAAACAUAAAACGGACAGUAGAGGAGGUAGCCUCGAUGAAACUGGUAUACGUGGCGGAACAGGCAGUGGAGGAGGUCGAGGAAAUCGGACAGGAGUACUUGGAAGUGGGCUGGACCCUCUACUAAGUUCGGAUGAAGACAGUCCCCUUCCAUCACAUUCUCAUUCUCAACCUUCUCUUUCUUCAGAUAGAGAUGAUGAGGAUACUGCUGAUGAAGGCCAAUUUGCCUUUCGACGAAAUAGGAAUAGCACUUAUCUACCUCCCGUAUUAGGUGGAUUUGGAAAUUGGCCUUGGUGUGACAAACAUGAAGGAGGUUUGGCUGAUAAGAAGUAUAGGUUUGCCCUCACCAGCAUUAGUAAACCAGUACCUAAAUGUAUUGGUCUUGCUAGAAGAAGACUUGGUCGAGGUGGCAGAGUUAUACUAGACCGCUGUACUUCAGAUUUGGACGACAUGUGGUCUUCUUUAGAUUUUACGAUACACGAACCAAAACGUGAGGCUUCAAACUCAAAUACAACUGCCACAAAUAGUACACCUGUCAAGAAAGAAUGGCUACACUUUCGACCAAAGACUCCACCUGAGUCAGUGCACAGUCCAAGUGAGGAAAGUAGCGAUACAGACUCAGAUGUAGAACCAGUGUUGUCUCCAUCGAAACCACUUCCAUAUCCAUUCCCACCUGAAGCAACGUCGAUAUGUGUGGAAGUGGAGCCCGAACGUGUGGGUGACGAGCCACCAUUUACUUCGGAAUUUAACAUUGCAGAUUACUUCUCAGUGGAUGCUCUAUCGGACUUUGAUCUUGCGGUAGCAAGUGUCAACGGUAGUGCGUGCGUUAGUGGGUUGUCGGACAAUAGCUCCAGCGAUUUGCGGACAGACGAGCUGGGCAGCUCACAUUUUGUAGUGACACCAUUAUGCAGCAAUCUGUUUGCACAGCCUGUGACACAACAGAGCCGGCCUCAGUGCAGUGGUGGUGGUUCUAGUGUUGUAAAUACUUCAAGUUCUUCAAUCCCGUCGUCCUCUUCGUGUGUGACCAAUCAAGCGACGACACUGAGUACCGUAUCAACGCAAUGUACGAGUGUUGCGAUAGAAACACAGUCGAAUUACCAGUCCAGACAACACAGACAAUUACCUUAUAACAGUAACGCUGCUUCUAUAUUAUCUAAAUCUCUGACUAGUCCAACAAAUAAUAGAAAUGGCGGUAAUUGUGGCAGUGGUGGAAGUGCAGGAGUUAGAGUGUUUAGUGCAGCCACCACACCUAGUGGUACCAUUACAAACUUUGGUAAUGGCCAUCAAAAUGGGCCUUUAUCACAUAUAAGCAACUCAAAUAAUCUGCCAAACAGUACUCAUGUUGUGAACAAUCAGCCGACAAUAGUUCUACCACAGAAACAUCCGCCGUCCAAUCUGUUGCCUGGCCUUAUCACGCAAAGUAAAUUAGCGAGUAUUGCAAGACAACAACAGCAACAAACACAGAGUCAGGCACAACAAAUCCCAACGUCCGGGGAAAUUACGCUUAAUAGUAAUAGUGAAAGUUUGAAUCUGGAGGUGGAUGGAGUGGAAAAUUCACCCUGUGAGACCAAAUCACAACAGCAACAACUUGUCCGGGCAAAUAAAACUAAUUCAUUGGCAAUGGAAGUGACAUGAUGCCUACUAUUGGCACCCCUGUUGCUACCAACGCGUUAUCGGGGGCUUUGCUAAUUUUAUCUUGCCCAUGUCUGCCUGACUAUGGGAAGUGGAUAUUGACGUAUUGUUUAAUGCAAAUAGUGGUACGGCUGAGUACAAUUGCAAAAUUGUUUUGAUCAGUUCUCUUCUGUGGCGAAACUAUGAUUAUCAGAAUAGUAUAAAUGUUAUAGAAAAUAUUGCCUUUAGCUCUGGCCUGAAAAAAGAAAAAAAAAAAAAAACAUUUUAAUUAAUUAAUUUUUUUUUUUCUUUUCUUAUUGAAUCAACAGUCAGUCUGUAUUAUGCAAAUCAUGGAUUAAUAAUCAUAUCAUAAUAUACAUGUUAUUUUUGGAAAAAUGAAAUUAUAUUUCAGAAAUUCAGUUCUCUAAAAUUAAUGAAAAUUUCUGUGGUAAUUUUCUAUGCUUUUUACAUAAAGAAGGAAUAUUUAACAAAUUACGAUAUACGGUUUCUUUUUCUUUGUACAUAAAUAUGUAUUUAUUGAUUGUACAAAGAAUGACAUAUUCUUCUUCAUAUGUUAUAAUUAAAAUUUGUAAAACAAAUGCAGUCAGAAUGAAUUAAGUUAAAUUCAUUUAAGUUAAUUAGUGCUACGAAAUUGAAACAGUACCAGUAUAACAAAUUACAAACAUAAUUUAUUUAUUUAUACAUAUGUUUCCAAAGGAUCAUAACAUUGUUAUUGAUUAUUAUUAUUAUUAUUAUUUCUUUUUUUAUAUUUGAGAGUUCAACACUCUAAGAUUAUACGCAGUGCAAAAAAAAAAUUGUCAUGUAUUAAAGCUAAUAGAAACUAAUAGAAUCCUGUAAUCUGGUUAAUUCUAUUUGUGUACAAAAACAAUACUAAAAAUGUAUCUCAUAAUCACUGCUUAUGUCACAAGCUUUCUCAAACACAGCAUUCAUUAGAAACAAAUGUAAGGAGCAGUACAAUAUAACUCCACAGAAGUAAGAACAAUCAGUUUAUAGUAUGUUUUAUAAAUAAUUUGCAUAUAUGACAAAUUCUUGACAUAAAAUCUUAUGCAAAUUUAUUGGAAAUUAUAUUUUCCUUAGAUUGUAUAAUAUAUAUAAUCUUUUCAAGAUUUCUGCUGCAAGUUCGUCACACAUAAAAAAAAUUUGUAAUUACUUGUACAAUUAUAAAUCCAAAAAUAAUAAUUUUAUUCUACUUAUUGCAAUUGAAAAACUAUUUAGAAGCAGAGAAAAGAAUAAUGUAUUUUUUUAUUACAUUACAUAAUUAUUUCAUUGCUGUACAUAGAUUUGUUUUGAGUACCAUGUUUUAAAGAAGCUGUUUCUUUAUAUAUCUCAUAAUAUAUUAAAACGCUUGAAGGCUGUGAAAUAUUAAAGCUAUUACUGUCAGGUAAUUUCAAAGAACAUUAAAUAUCUUUGUAUGCAAGAUGCAUGAUUGGUGAAUAUAUUAUAUAUGUAUGAGUUUUUGUAUUACUAGAUGACAACAGAUUAUAUCGAAAAAUAAGUAGAGUCUAAUUUUAUUCAAAUGUUGCGUUUGAGGAGCUUGUAUUACACAAAAUUGUGAAGGAAUGCUAUCUUUAGAAUACCUAUAUAAGGACUCAUAAGUCUUUCGUGUUAGUAAUUGCAAAACAUAUAUUAUGAAUUAGACCCUCAAAAAAAGGUAUUCAUCUGUUAGCAAGAUGUGAGAAAUUACAAAAGAAAAAUUUAUUUCCAAAUAAUAUAUUUGCAAAAAAUAGAAUUUUUUCUUUCAAUCAUUUAUAUGUAUCUCUUCUAUGUAGUAACUGUAUAUUCUUGUUAAGAAAAAUUAUUACCUAUGAAUACUAAUGCAUAGGUAAAAAGUCUUGAAUUUCCAUGUAUCACACAUUUGUGAUGCUCUCUCUUCCUCUUAGCAUCUUUUAUAUGACUGUCUCCCUUUAUGUACAAUUUUAUUGGUGUACCAAGAUAAAAUGUUAAGGGCAAAUAUUUUUUAUAAAGGACAAGAAUAGAAUUAAACAUGUUUUAUUUUGGAUGUAACAAUUUUUAAAAAAAAGGAACAAUAAUUGUGACAGUGACAGAGAAUCAGUUAAUUUCUAUGUUCUCUUUCAUUUCUAAUUUAAAAAUAUAAUUUACUUUGCAUGUGAUUAUUCUACAAAAUUCAUUUUUAUAUGUUUAUAGCUUUACUUUUUCAUUAUGUUCAGAAAAAACAAUAUAAUAUAUUGAAAACAUAAUGAAAUUCAAAGUAAGCUAUUAUAUUUCUCAACUCAUAAUUGUAACAAUGUUCACUAUGUAAUCUUGUGUAAAGUCAAAUAACACUGUAUUUUAUGAUAUUGUGAAAAAUAUUGUGAUAAUUCAAAUUCAAAGCAAUUUAUGCAAAAUAUAGGCCAUUGCUCAACUAAUAAUUUAUCGUUAUUAAAAAUAUAAAAAUAUAUGUCAAAAAUAAUCUCAUAAACUUUUCACAUGUUUAAAUAUUGUUUUUUCUCAAUGAACAAUGAAAAUGCUUAGUGCCAGCCGUAACGCAAGAUAAGAAGUAUGAUUAUGGUGCAAAUGUUUCAAAUUGUAGGGAGACUUCUUAAAAUCAUAAUAAGAAACAAACAAAAAAAGAUAUAUUGUACAUAUAAAAAUAAUUACGCUUACUGUAUCUCUUACUUUUAGGUAAUUAACUAAAUAAUUGUAAUUAAUGUUGUUGUGGUAGGCACACAGCGAUGUGUAUGAAAAAUUUAUGAAUUCAAAACAAUUUUAGAGAAGGAGUAAUAAAGAAAUUUUAUCCUGGAUAGAACUUAUUAUUUUGUAAAAGAACACUUGCCUAUAAUAUUAUCUAACAUUUUCUAAAAUUUAAUUUCUGCUCCAUAUUUGUACAUACAUUUUAGAAACAUGAUUAUUUCUCUCGUUUUUCUCAAAUUUAUCAUUAAGCAAGAAGGUUCUAUUUUUUUUCACAUCCUCAUCUGUACAUGGUAUAUUAGUAAUACCACUAAUUCCUUGUCAAUUUUUGGCAUUUACUUAUACAUUUAAAUUUAUUAUUAUAUGUUGGGAAUCUUCUGCUAAAUGAAUGUAUGAGAAGGACAAGUGAUGUUUGGAGAAUUAUCCAAAAAGAUUCUUGUAAAAAAUAAUUUGUUUAUUUAGUUGAAACGCUUUAAACGAAAUAUAGUGGUACAUGGAUUUUUAUAUAAAA